GUUCAGUUCACUGCUGUUUCUGCCAGCAGGCUGAUCAGAGCAGAGCAGCAACAGACUCAGUGCAGGAGCUGCAUUCACAGUUGAUCAUGAUGAAGAUGAUGUCCAGCAUCCUGCUGCUCCUCAUCCUCAGCUCAUGUCUCUGUGCAGCAACAUUUGUAGUGAAUGUGACACAGAGCAGCUAUCAGGCAGAGGAGAAGCAGAACAUCACUCUGGAGUGGACCUUCACCACCAAGACUCAGGGAACCUGGAAGCAACUGUUCAUCUUCUGCAGCUUGGAGACUCUUGAUACAGAACUAGUUCUCUAUGAGGUUAAUGAAGGAGUUGAGAUUCCAGAGUCUCAGGAUAAACAGUUUUCAGGACGAGUCCAGAGCGACAAAGACGUCCUCAGAGAAGGACGAAUCAGACUCCAUGUGUCCAGACUGAGGACUGAAGACUCUGGUCGGUAUCUGUGUGACGUGAAAACUGAAGAUGGAUCCAACAAGGCAGGAUGUCGACUCAGCGUUUAUAAAAACAUCUCAGCUGUUCCUGGACAGAAAGUCUCUCUGCCAUGCCGACUCCCCAACAACAAACCUGCUGUGUUUGUGCAGUGGACCCGACCGGACCUGGAACCAGAAUAUGUUCUGCUGUUCAGAGAUGAGCAGCUGGAUCCAGAGAACCAGCAUCCAUCUUUUAGGAACCGGGUGGAUCUGCAGGACAGACGGAUGGAGGACGGAGACGUGUCUUUGCUUCUGAGCAACGUGAAAACCAGCGACUCGGGAAAAUACGAGUGUCGAGUUUCCCAGAGAGAAGAAAGCAAGAAGAUGAAACUCAUCCAGAUCGUCUUCCUGGUUGUAGCGCCUCCUACAGAAAACAAGGAGGAAAGAAAACGAAGAUCGAAGCAAAAACAAACAUAUUGGACCGAUGAUUGGAGGCCUACUGAUCGUUGCACUGAUUAUUGGUUUGGUUCUUGGUUUCUAUUUAAGGAAGCAGAAGAUGAACGGAUCUCCAGACCUUAAAGAAGAACCAAACUCAGUGAGGCUUGUGGAUCGUUCUGGUCCAGAUCCCCAACCUUCAUCCUCAGAGCCCAACAUCCUCCAUGAUGUGAAUGUGACUUUGCUCUAACACUUGAUUGCAAUGGUUGCAUGAGCUCCUCUGCAGCCCAUCAGGUUCUGCAGAGGAUUUUAAUCACUGAAUCAUUCAUGUGGCUACAGGGAAAGUCCUAAAGCCUGCAGGACUUUGGGCUCUGAGGACCAGGGUUGGGAUCACUGCUCCAGUUGACCCAACAUUGGUUUCUUCAGCUGUUACAGUUUAUAUCUUGAUGCUCUGAAUGUGAAUUUCUUUAUUUUGAACAAAUCAAUUUAAAGAAGCAGAAACACAUUUAUUAAACAUUUAUGAAUAAAAAAAAACAUUUUUGCAGCUUAAGAAUAAAUAAUUUUAGCCUCUGAAUUUGUUC